AUGCACCGUUUAAUAAUUAAUAACUUCUUAUACUUCUUGUGUAAAUAUGUAACAAGAACUGAAAGGUAUUGCUGUGCUGGUUACGUUAUGAGGAACAACCAAUGCGUGUCCGCUUGCGUGCCUAACUGCCCUGCCAACAGUCGAUGCACCGAUGUCAACAAAUGCACUUGCGAUUAUGGUUACACUUCCACCACGUCUAUUCCUAGAGACAUUGUCUGCGAGCCGAAGUGCACUGCAGGCUGUCAGUCGCAUAGUACUUGUACACAACCCGAGACUUGCACAUGCGAUUCGGGAUAUGAAAGACGCUGGGAUGGCAUAUGUGAACCCGUCUGCCAAGAGCACUGUUCUGAACAUGCGAUUUGUACAGCGCCAGAUACUUGUAGCUGCGUAGAGGGUUAUAAAUUAAAUGAAGACUUAAAAGAAUGUGUGCCAGAAUGCCAAUACGGUUGCGGCUUGAAUAUGUACUGCCAAUCGCCUAAUCAAUGUGGUUGUCGCACUGGCUACAAACUAUAUUCAAACGCUACAGGUGAAGGUGAUGUAGGCUGUCCCGCGAACAGUGAGUGCUUUGCGCCAGAGGAAUGCCGUUGUUUGGAGGGUUACACUAUGCUGACCGCAGACGAAGAGACUCAGAUGAGUAGUAAUAGCGAAUGUGUGCCAGUGUGUGUGGAUAAAUGCCCACAACAUGCUAGUUGCGUUAGUCCGAAUGUGUGCGAAUGCGCGUCGGGUUAUGAAUUGCUUCAUCCGCCCCAACAUCGUCAAUACUGUCAAGCACAAUGCACGCAGAAUUGCGAUCUGAAUGGCAAAUGUGUGGCGCCGGACGUAUGUGAGUGCUUUCCCGGCUAUGAGCAUGUGAAGAGUACAAAUGCCAGCUCAGAUCCAAAACAGCUCUACUGUCAACCGGUUUGCUCCAACGGUUGCGAGCAUGGCGAUUGCGUGGGACCCGAAAUGUGUAUCUGUCAGCCAGGCUAGCUGAUGGGCGCGCAAGGUGUGUGCGAUCCCACUUGCACCAAGGGAUGUCUGAAUGGGCGCUGUGUGGACGUCGAAGUUUGCGCAUGUAAUGACGGCUAUCAACUCUCCGCAGACGACUCUGGUAAAUGCGAACCCAUUUGCAGUAAACCCUGCAUCAAUGCAGACUGCGUCGCGCCGGAGCUUUGUCUCUGUCGAGAGAAGUAUAAACCUAUACCUAGUGAGGGCACCUCUAACAUAUGUACACCCAUGUGUUGGCCGGAAUGUGUAAAUGGUGUUUUUGCACCCGAUCAGUGUAGCUGUAAUGAGGGUUAUGUGCAAUCAUCAAACACAACACAGCUGCACAUCUGCUCGCCGUACUGCUCUGGCUGCAUAGGUGGCUAUUGCGCAGCACCAGCGAAGUGCGUCUGUCCCGAGGGCGAGGAAUUGUCAGUUAUUGGAGACACAUCCGAAUGUACGACAAUCACAACGAGUAAUAUGGCCACAGUUGCUGCAAUGGACGAUACUACAACAAGUACGGUUGAAACCACCACAGCAAUAUCUGCCACCACUGAAAGCUUUGUGUGGCUGAACGGCACUGAGGAAGUUGAGCUGUUGAGUGACACUACUAUUGGGGACGAAAUGGACGCUCUGUUGCAGCCAAUCGACUUGGAUAAGUGCACCGACACGUGUGAUUGUUGGAAGGAAAGUUCUAGCGCUGAUUGCUUUGAAAUAUGUGGGUCAAAGGAAAGUAAUUGCCUGGAGCCACAGUUUUCUCGUUGCAUAGAAUUAGGCAAACGAAUUGAAUACAAAGGUUCUGUUGCACCGAAAAUAUAUACCUGCGUAUACUCUCCGAAAACUGACGGCGCUGCGCAAUCAUUGCGCAAGACUAUUGAUGGCUUGAUAUUCGCUGCGUUCAUGUUGGCUGUGUUUAAGAAGGAGCUUCAGAGCAGGAUGCUUUUAAAGAUGCUUAUUUCGUUAAGUGUUCUUUUAACCGUUAUAGAUUUGACUACCAGUCAGUGGUGCACCAAAUUACGAAGAGAUAAAGUAUAUUAUAAUGAACCUAGAGAGUACAUUCAAACUUAUUUAACUUCGAAUUGGUUAGGACUCACUGUGCAAAGAACCAGAUAUGCACAGACUUGGGAUUACAAAUAUAAAUAUGUAACAAGAACUGAAAGGUAUUGCUGUGCUGGUUACGUUAUGAGGAACAACCAAUGCGUGUCCGCUUGCGUGCCUAACUGCCCUGCCAACAGUCGAUGCACCGAUGUCAACAAAUGCACUUGCGAUUAUGGUUACACUUCCACCACGUCUAUUCCUAGAGACAUUGUCUGCGAGCCGAAGUGCACUGCAGGCUGUCAGUCGCAUAGUACUUGUACACAACCCGAGACUUGCACAUGCGAUUCGGGAUAUGAAAGACGACGCUGGGAUGGCAUAUGUGAACCCAUUUGCCAAGAGCGCUGUCCUGAACAUGCGAUUUGUACAGCCCCAGAUUCUUGUAGCUGCGUAGAGGGUUAUAAAUUAAAUGAAGACUUAAAAGAAUGUGUGCCAGAAUGCCAAUACGGUUGCGGCUUGAAUAUGUACUGCCAAUCGCCAAAUCAAUGUGCUUGUCGCACUGGCUACAAAUUACAUUCAAACUCCACAAUUGAAGCAGAUGAGACCACCGUAAGCAGCGGCGAGUGGUGUUUUCCUGUCUGCAAUGUAGGCUGUCCCGCGAACAGUGAGUGCUUUGCGCCAGAGGAAUGCCGUUGUUUGGAGGGUUACACUAUGCCAACCGCUGACGAAGAGACUCAGAUGAGUAGUAAUGGCGAAUGUGUGCCAGUGUGUGUGGAUAAAUGCCCACAACAUGCUAGUUGCGUUAGUCCGAAUGUGUGCGAAUGCGCGUCGGGUUAUGAAUUGCUUCAUCCGCCCCAACAUCGUCAAUACUGUCAAGCACAAUGCACGCAGAAUUGCGAACUGAAUGGAAAAUGUGUGGCGCCGGACGUAUGUGAGUGCUUUCCCGGCUAUGAGCAUGUGAAGAGUACAAACGCCAGCUCAGAUCCAAAACAGCUCUACUGUCAACCGGUUUGCUCCAACGGUUGCGCGCAUGGCAAUUGCGUGGGACCCGAAAUGUGCAUCUGUCAGACGGGCUACCUCAUGGGCGCGCAAGGUGUGUGCGAUCCCACUUGCACCAAGGGAUGUCUGAAUGGGCGCUGUGUGGAUGUCGAAGUUUGCGCAUGUAAUGACGGCUAUCAACUCUCCGCAGACGACUCUGGUAAAUGCGAACCCAUUUGCAGUAAGCCCUGCAUCAAUGCAGACUGCGUCGCGCCGGAGCUUUGUCUCUGUCGAGAGAAGUAUAAACCUAUGCCUGGUGAGGGCAUUUCUAACAUAUGUGCACCCAUGUGUUGGCCGGAAUGUGUAAAUGGUGUUUGCAUUGCACCCGAUCAGUGCAGCUGUAAUGAGGGUUAUGUGCAAUCAUCAAACACAACACAGCUGCACAUCUGCUCGCCGUACUGCUCUGGCUGCAAAGGUGGCUAUUGCGCAGCACCAGCGAAGUGCGUCUGUCCCGAGGGCGAGGAAUUGUCAGUUAUUGGAGACACAGCCGAAUGUACGACAAUCACAACGAGUGAUAUGACCACAGUUGCUGCAAUGGACGAUACUACAACAAGUACGGUUGAAACCACCACAGCAAUAUCUGCCACCACUGAAAGCUUUGUGUGGCUGAACGGCACUGAGGAAGUUGAGCUGUUGAGUGACACUACUAUUGGGGACGAAAUGGACGCUCUGUUGCAGCCAAUCGACUUGGAUAAGUGCACCGACACGUGUGAUUGUUGGAAGGAAAGUUCUAGCGCUGAUUGCUUUGAAAUAUGUGGGUCAAAGGAAAGUAAUUGCCUGGAGCCACAGUUUUCUCGUUGCAUAGAAUUAGGCAAACGAAUUGAAUACAAAGGUUCUGUUGCACCGAAAAUAUAUACCUGCGUAUACUCUCCGAAAACUGACGGCGCUGCGCAAUCAUUUCGCAAGACUAUUGAUGGCUUGAUAUUCGCUGCGUUCAUGUUGGCUGUGUUUAUUUGAGCAUCAAGGCAUCGUCAGUGCCUUUUUAGUAGAUCAUUUAUGUUUAUAAUGUUCCGGAAAUAUCUCUUAUGUAUAUCCACCAGCUGAAAAAUACAGCUGUGUUUAAGCUACUCGUAUGUGAAUUUUAUUUACAAAUAUUUAUUGUGCAAUUAUAUUCUAUGGUAAAAUUACAUUUACAAAAUAAAAAACAACAGCAAUAAAAA